CUGUCCCAGAUAGAUACCCCUGACCACCAUACUGUAACAACACCCAGUCCCUUAGAGGACAGCUUCAUUACCCCAUCCACCCACCCAAUUAGGAGCCAGAUGGCGCUCCUGGCCAAUCAAAUCAUGGAUGCGAGAAUUCUCAGCAGUAUGAACGGGAGAGUGGAGCUCUCUCAGUUCUUGAGAGUCACCAAUCAAAGCAUUGUCUCCCAGGUCAACUCUGCCCAGGAUGACAACCGCAAGAACAGGAAGUAUCCCUGCCCGUUGUGUGGGAAGCGUUUCCGCUUCAACAGCAUCCUCUCCCUUCACAUGCGCACUCACACUGGUGAGAAGCCUUUCAAGUGCCCAUACUGCGAUCACAGGGCUGCACAAAAGGGCAACCUGAAGAUACACCUGCGUACACACAAGCAAGGUAUUCUGGGUAAAGGCCGUGGGAGGAUUCGGGAGGAGAACAAGCUGCUGCACGAGCUUGAGGAAAGGGCGAUACUUAGAGACAGGCAGAUACGAGCCGCUCAUGUUAGCCAACAGCAACCGCAAACAUCUAACACAAACCAGCUCCAAAAGCCUUUUCUGCACACUGUCCCAACAGAGCCUCAGUUCUUAAGAAACUGUGGAGCAGCAGCUGUACAGCCACAUGCGUCCACCUCUCCUAAGGUGACUACCAUCCCCGAUGAGCCAAUUCAGCCCCAAACCACUGGCUUCCGCUGCUCCUUCUGCAAGGGAAAGUUCAGGAAGCAGCAGGAGCUUGAGCGCCACAUCAGGAUCCUACACAAACCAUACAAAUGCACUUUGUGUGAGUUUGCUGCUGCACAGGAGGAAGAGCUCAUUGGCCAUGUUGAAAUUACUCACAUAACUGCUGAUUCAGGAUCAGGACAGAAACCGUCAGUUGGGGCUAGUGAUAAGGGAAAGCCCACUGGAGAAUUCCCCUGCGAAGUGUGUGGUCAGACCUUCAGCCAGGCCUGGUUCCUGAAGGGCCACAUGAGAAAACACAAGGACUCCUUUGAGCACUGUUGUCAAAUCUGUGGCCGUCGUUUUAAGGAGCCCUGGUUUCUCAAGAACCACAUGAAAGUCCAUCUCAAUAAACUGGCUGCUAAGAAUAAUAUCACUACUGAUCGCGGCUCUUCUGUUGAUAUGAGUAACCUAACACAGGAGCAUCAGAGUAAUCUCUACUCUCAGUACAUUUCCCGCAUCCACAACAGGUUCCUUAUGCCUGACAGAGCAGAUCUGCCAGAUUAUAACCACAUGAUGGCCACAGCAGGGGCUGACAUGAAGGUCAGAGAGAUGUUAGGGAGGAUGAUUUCCUCAGCUCCAGGCCCCCUAACAGACGCAGAGAGUUCUUCUUUGGUGGGCUUAAAUCAUCUCCACCCUCCACUGAAUUCCACUAGCAUGGAAUAUCUGCAGAAAGUCAUCUCCACCAGAGAUGCUCUCAGCAACAGCAGCAGCUAUGCAGGCUGGCAGAUCAUAACACCUGGCCUUCCUAUUGAACAACAAAUGUACACUCCUAAAGACCACCAGCAGCAGCAGCAGUGCUCCUCCUACCUACCUGAGAGAUGCCUCCCUGUAGAUGAAAGCAAACUGUGUCUCAGUGACCCAGACACCAAGGCCAUCAGCAGGCCUGGAAGCCCAGGCAGCAUGAGCCACCAUGGGCCAGCGGACGCAAUCACAGAGACAGGGAACUCUCUCUCUGGCAGUUCCCUUGACCAUCGAUCACAAUCUUCCUCUCCAGCUACAGGUGAGAAAGUCUACAGGUGUCCACCCUCCAGUGACUACACUGCUGCACAGAUAGCCCCCCUGGGCUUCCAUCUGGAUCGCUACCACUUUCCCAACUGGCAGAACAACAGAGAUCUUUCUUCUCCACUGCAGCCCACCAGCAGCAGCAGCAGAAGCUCCAGCCCCAACCCUAAUCCCAGACCCAGAUCCAGGGAAGACUGGAGCCCAGCUGCAGGUCAGUACCUCGGUCUGGAGAGCCAUGGUGAAACAGCUGUAGUUGUCAACAAGCAGCCUGACCUCGCUGACAAAGAAACUGGGGAGGACAGCUCUAUAUCCGGUAAAACCAAGAAGUCCCAGUAUGAACCCUUGGAUUUGUCUGUCAGGCCAGACUCUGUCCCAUCUCACUCAGCUAUGCCUCCUGCAGUACUGGUGCAGAUGUCUGGCCUUUUUAGUAAUGGACUCUCGUCCUCUAUUACCCGCCGGCUACAGAGUUACCCUAAUGCACCAGCUGAACUCAGUAUGAAACCCACAUAUCAGUGUGACCUUUUGGUGCAGGGAACAAAAGAAGAGAUGAACUCACAGAACGCAGGCUCCAUAGGUCAUGAUAGUGAAGGUGAAUUUGAGAAAUCUGUGCAAGGGAGGGAGGACAAAAGUGACGAUGCUGCCAAGUGGAAGAUGCUGAGAAGUGAUGUUCUUGAGUCAAAAGAGCUGAGACAGGCCAGUGCUGAUUUUGAGGCUCUUGGCGAGAAGAAGCAGUGGGGAAAAGCUGUGGCUGGAUCCCCUAUCUCUUCUCUGGAGAGCUUGACCCCGGGACAGGCAGAUCCUCUCCAGCACCACGGUGCCCUGCUCUCCUUUCUCAGAUCCCAGAGGAACCUGAACAACACACCUGCUAGUGCACACAAAACCAGCCUGAACGGUGGGGGAAACAUGGAGAAAGAUGUUGCAUCAGCUCGGAAGCCAUUCCAGUGCAGGUACUGCCCUUACAGUGCCUCCCAGAAGGGCAACCUGAAGACCCACGUCCUCUGUGUCCACCGCAAGCCCUUCGACAACAGCCUUUACCCUGACCGCCGCCUCCGGCGCUCACAUGCGCCCCAGGUGCCCUCCAGAUUGCCUCUGAGCGUCACAGGAGACAACCGCGUGUCAGGGAGAGACCAGAUCAGUGUGACAUCACUGUGUGGAACUUGAUGUUGUCAUAGCAACUGCAGAUACAGACAGUUAUGAUCAUUGUUUUAGAUUCUCCUUGAGGGGGUUAGGAUGAUUGAGAUUGUUGAAAAAAAAUGUUAACAACCAACCUUGAUGUACAUUCCAGUGUUUACUUGAAGAGCCACAGUAUGUAUUUAUCUGUAGCAAAAAAGCUGCCUAUAAUAAUAAAGUCCAUUGUGAUGUGAAAGUGUAGCAAAGGUACUUAGUGCCACUUAUUUAUCAAGUGUCUGAAUGAUUUAAUUGUGUUUACAUGCAUCUAUCAGAUCCAACACUUGUCUGAUAGGCAGACUAUAUUGUGCCUGCCCAAAGCACUUGUUAUUUAAUCUAGUAAAUACCUUGUGUUGCAUUUUUGUAAAUAUCACUUGAUUUCCCUUCUAGUCCAGAAGUCUUGUCUAUCUGUCAGGAUAUGGUGCCAGAUGUUGGGCCUUUAAUCGCAGCAGAUGUAAUGAAGUAGAAUGUUGCACAUCGGAGCUUCCAUUUGUUCUGGAUUCCACUCCAGGGAGAAAGCCUCUCACAUAUAAUUAUUGCCCAUUAACUCCUAUGCUUCAUGCCCUCGUGCUGGAACAAUGCUCAAUUAAGGGGAACCAAGGAAAUGGAAAAACUGCAGAGAUUCAUUGGUAGUACAUCCAAAUGAUUUUUUUCCCUUUUUCUUUUAUUUAUUUAUUUUUCAAAGUGGAACCGCCCAUGUGUGCAUAUACCCAAUGUACCCACUAGUGCAUCACAGGGCUAAUUAACACAGCUACUGUACGCUGCUUCUGCCAUGUAUGGUGAUUUUAGCAUGAUCUGAGCUGCCUCAGCUUCACGUGCCAAUAGCCUGCCUUUAUACCCAAAGAUCACCUUGGGCAGCUGUGUGCCUGCUCAGCCGGGCCCUUGUAGCCACAGCAAUGUGACUUUGACUGACAGUCCGCCUGACAACUCCAUUCAUGCGCCACCUGCUAGCUGUCAAUCACGGCGGCCAUCCUGGGGCUAUUGACGGAGCUGUCAGCCUGUGUGAGAUGUGUCUGUCAAAGCCCACCCACUCUGCCACUCUGUUUCCCUGCCUGGGCAGCCUGACAUUCGUUUACUGUCCUCCUUCUACCCUUCUUUCCCUUCCAUCUCCUUCUCUUUCUUCCUCUCUUAGUCUGUCUGUCUCCCGCCUUCUACCCAUCAGGGACACGACAGCCCCUUAAUCCCCGAUCCAAUCACAGAUUCUUUGGAUACACAUUUGUCAUCCUCAAACCCUCUGGUUUUUGUAAUGGAGUACUUCACAAACACUUCUGCAGGUGACUCAGACCUGAUAUACAUGUUGUCUUUUUGGCCGUCUCUUGUUUUUGUAUGUACUCAGUCAGCCUUAAUGCCACUAUUCUUUCUCUCCUCUCUUUUCCCCCUCCUCUGCUCAGUCACCCUUCAUCUCUCCACCCGACAGGUGACAAGGUCUGAGCCUCCAGCUGACUGGCUAAUCGGAGGCUUGUCAUACCUGUCAAUACUGUUUUAGAGCCAUGCCAAACCAGAUCAGCCCAGACCAGUCCAUCUUCCAAGCUGACCAAGGACACAGAGUUUUGUGGCAAGAUGUAGGGGGAAAACAGUUUUCUGGAAAAUCUGUAACUCAUGCCCCUCUAACAGCCCUCUGGAUAUGGAUCAUCCCUGAAGCCCCAUCCUGUCAAACCUCCUAAUUAAGCACAGUUUCCCUUAAAGCAAGGCCCCUUUAAUUAAUGCCGGGGAAGUUUGUUAAUUACUGUUAAUGGUGAUGAAUGCUUUAUUUAAGGUGUCACUGCCACUGACAAUGUCAUACUCAGGCUUUUGUGCUUUGUAAGGGCUCAUCUCUCUGGAGUACGACCCUAUUUUUUUUUCAUUUUCUUUUAUCGCAUAGCUCCGUGUGUCAUUUUACAUUUGAACUCAUGGGUUCAUUGUGUCAUCACUUUAUGUUAAAAGGCCUUUUGCAUGUUCCCAAGCUCUGUCAUGCAUUUUAGUUGGGUUGACAGACAAGGGAUAUGCAUAGAUGCCAAACUGUUGUAUUUUAUACACCUGAGCUUUGGCUCACCUUGACCUUUUGCGAAGAAUGACAUCCUGUUUACCUGCAGUAAAUCAAUCCUCAUUCUCUGACACCUAUAAAUAACCCUUCUCUGGACAAAAAAAAAAAAAAAAAAAAGCAGACAUGCCUUCUCACAGCCUGUCAACAUGGGUUUCAUCUAAUGACCCCAGAACAGAUCCCUGUUGUUUUUAAUUGUCAGAUAAAAUGUUGAUGAUAAAAUUAACUUUUAAAAUA